CGUCAGAACUGCUCCUUCCAAAUCGCCUUGCUUCUUCUCACCAAUACGGAGACGCGUCCCCUCGUACGACCGUCGUCCCGAGUCCCGACCCGUCUUCAUCCAUAUCCAUCCAAAGUAAGCAUCACGGAUGGCGGCGUUGUGAUUACGAUCGCAAUCACGAUCCCGUCCGCUAGCAAAGCCCGCCCUUGCCCGAUCCGUCCGCGCCCUCGUCUCAAUUCGUCGACGCAUGACUCUAUCUCUGCCACGACUUGCAAAACACGCCUCAAGCUAUAAAACCGUUGCGCGUGCGGAGUGGCCUUCACAGUCUGGCGCCGCCGCCUUUGCUAUCGAGUCCAAUCCUUCCCAUUAUCCGGGCGUACGCGGCGCUAUUGGUAUGUCUUUUUUUUUUUUUUUUUUUUUUUUUUUUUUUUUUUUUUUUUUUUUCAUUCCGUCCCGUCCCGUCUCGACCAGCCACACCGCCAAUAUCGUCGUCGCAAUAUUGCCAGUGCUCGCGUGGUCCCGCCGCCGUCGCUGUCUUGUCUCGUCACUGGCCUGGUUCCCGCCCCCAUCCAUGCUCGAGGCCAAGACGCCCGCGCGCAAGCCCCCAAAGUGCGCCAUCCCCGGGGCGGCGGGUCCAGACUCACCACAGCGAGAGCCGCAUGAUCGCAAUGGCUGCGCGCACACGCAUGCCGUCACGGAUAAUUAUAGCAGCGUCGGUUGCUCGAGAGACAUGCCCGGUGGCGCAUGGGCUCCGAGCCGCCAGAGUCCAGACCAAGCUCAUGCAUUGCGCGUUCGUCUCACAAGGCAGAGGCAGCGGCGGGACGCGUGCGCGCGGGCGUGCGGGCGCUGUCGAGGCGCAGCAGGCUUUUGCGUCUUGUCUUUGUCCGGUGAGGCCCGGGGUGCGGGAGGAGAUGGGAUGGGGGAGGGGCGCAUUGGGCGAGAGGCGGCGACGGCGCGCGCCCCGUGUGUACAGCGAGUAGAGUAGACGACAACGACGACGGGGCGGGAAGGAAAGGGAGACGGGACGAGACGAAAUGAUAGGGGGCGGCAGUGCGUUGCGGGCAGCGUGAUGUCGUUGACGACGGCGUGGUUUGGGGUGCGGGAUA